AUGUCUCUUCUUAGUUUCAUUGGCCUAAAAAGACAAAAUUACAACCGACCCCGUCUAACUCUACCAGAUAUACUGCACCGAACAGUCGUCACCGGUCUUGCAGCGCUCGCCGUGUAUGGUGUAUUCCUAGGUUACAUGGUCCAUAAUGAGACCCUGGCUAAAGGACGAAGGUACUUUGCCUGCCCGACGUCGGAUUUAUUUUACCAGACGCUGUCGUUACAGGUAGUUGACGAAGCCAGGGAGCAAGCUUUAGCCGAGGCAGCACAAUCCGCGCUCAAAUCCAGAUCGUCCUGA